AACUACUCUACCCACACGAGCUCUUGUGUCUCGUGCCUUUCUCACAUCGAUAUGACAGACGUCGCGGCCCUGGAGGCUGAGGUCAAGGAGUUCAAGCUUCAGCUUGAAACCGUUCAAUCAAGUUUGCAGGUAGACCCAGAUAACACGGAAUUACAAAGUCUCAAAGCUGAGCUGGAAGAACUUAUAAACCUCACUGAAACAUCAAUCGCCGAACUCAGACCUGCAACUCCCCAACCAACCACCGCUCCAGCAAAAUUAAAGGGCUCGAGAGAUGACAACGCUUCGAAACCCGGCUAUCGCAAUUCGACGGCCGAGCAGACAGAUGACAACACAAACUCCGGCCCGGCUUCGUUCUCCGUGAAUGAGCAUGUACUUGCCCGCUGGGUAUCGGGCGAUAAUUCUUUCUACCCGGCCCGCAUAACAUCCAUCACCGGCUCGUCCAGCAACCCAGUCUACAUCGUCUCUUUCAAGUCAUAUGGGACGGUGGAAUCGCUAACCGCAAAAGACCUCAAACCCAUUUCCAACAGUGACUCGCGAAAACGCAAGGCUGAUGGAAGCCCAGGCAGUUCAAACCACUCCCCAGUUCCUCAACCUCCCCACGCGAGCGUCAUCUCGGCGGCAGCAGAUAUCAACCCGGCAUUAGCCAACCAGGCUCGCAAGGAGCCCAGCAAGGCCACCGAUGGGCCUGCACGUCCAGCGAAAGUGUCGCGAAAGGUCAAGGCCAACAAGGAGCUCGAGGCGGGUAAGAACAAGUGGAAAGAUUUUGCUAGCAAGACAAAGAUUGGGCGGAAGGACAGCAUGUUCAGAACUGGAGAGGGGGUGAAUGCUCGAGUUGGCUUUACCGGCUCCGGGCAACAGAUGCGCAAGGAUCCCACACGUACACGACAUGUCUACCAGCAGGGCGAUGAUGAUAAUUAUUGA